GUAUGGCAACACUGUUUCUAUUGCAUAAAGCUUGUAUUUGUUUGUGUUUUCAAAAUCGUGUGCCCGGAGUUUGAAUAAAUCAUACAAGUGAUUAGUUUUGUCGGUUUUUAAAAUUUUGUAAUUCUGAUGGAAACCGAUUCACCUGUAGUGUACCACGGGACUACUGAAUCUCGGUUUCCGCCAGAACAAAUAAAAAAAUCUCAGAUACAGUUAUCAACUGAUGAAAUUAGGGUACUGCGAGAAUGCAACAGAGAGAGUUUCUAUUACAGGUGUCUACCAUUUGCAAUGGCUGGCAUGACUGCUACUUUUCUUGCUAUUAAACAAGGUUAUUUAAAAAGUCAUCCAAGAUGGGGUCCUGCUGGAAAAAUGUCAGCUGCUGCAGCUUUAGGUUGGUUCUUGGGCAAGUUUUCUUACAGAUCUAUUUGUGAAGAUAAAUUUCUUAAAUUAGAAAAUAGCGCUGUUGGAAAUGCAAUAAGGAAGAAAAGAGGCUAUGCAUCAGAAUCAUUUGAUGCUGAAAAACUUCCUGAAGAGGAAUUUGGUUCUCCUGAUAGUAAAUAUACUUCUUACACUACGGAUGAUUACCAUUCAAGCUCAGGUUCACUGAAUUUGGAUAUGGAUAAAAAUAUUUCUUAUUCAGGGUUAGAUGAUAGAGAAAGGCCAUCCACUGAUAGAGAAACUCUUAGUGCAGAUGACAGGGAUCAACCUGUUAGAACUGCCACUACUUAUGAAGAAUUGCGUAGAAGGAAUAGAGAACAAUAUGAAAGGCAACAAAAUAGACAAUCUCAAGUAAGGCAAGAAUCUUCUCAAACUGCUGGUGUUCAAAGACCUUGGAAUCGCGAUGAGCCUCCUAAACGAUAUACUUCUGGCCAGUCUGAUGGAACCAAAAAGAAUGCAUAUGGAGAUGUAUGGGAGCCCUAAAUUUCACCAGUGCUUUAUGUAGAGCAGGAAUGAAUCAAUAGUAAUAAUGAUUGUUUAUUACUGUAUAUUGAGUACUUUGGCAUGAUUUAGUAUUAAAGAUUACUCUUUGCAGUGCCCUUUAUUUAAAUAAACUUUUUAAAAUAAGAAUA